CAUUUGAUACGCCAUGGAAGAUGUACUGACUGAGAUUCCGCCGCCAUCGAGGUUCUUUCAGGAAGAUCUAAACAACUUCACACCUCCGUCACCGCCCCUUCCCUCUCCCUUCCUCUUGUUCGCUCAAAAUCCUAAUGGAGCGGCCGCAGAGAUGCCUCUCCGCCCCUCUCUCCUCAUCGUUGCCCUAUCCUCCCCAUCCCUCCACCUCUUCCACAAUGUGUCCUACAAAACCUUGAUCAGAACCCUAAUCCUCCCGGAAACCCCCUUCUCCGGCAACUCAAUCGACCCCUCUCUCAAAGACAAGUCCUGCAACAUCUACUCCCUCCCAAACCCCCAAACCCCUGAAUCCCCAACCCUCCUCGUUUCCUUCCAGUGCCCGAUCGCCGCCGAGAGAUGCCACGCCGUGGCCAAGCUGCUCACUUCUCACCAGAUCGCCCCCCAGAGGGUCCUGAUUCUCGACUCGGUCCAGACCCUCAACUUCCGAGGCAAGCUUUCGAAGGACGAGGCGGCAGCGUUCAAGCUGGAGACCACCGCGGAAAGAAAGGCGCCGUCUUUGAAGCUGGAAUAUUUCGCGUCUGCCAGCGUCGUGGAUGGGCUGGGCGCGGCGCUGUUGGCGGCGUGCGAAAUCAAGAACAUCAGGGCGGCGCUCUGCGUGACUUGGCCGCAACUCGGAGCUUUGGUGCUGUCCCUGAUCAGGUCCCACAUCUUCCCAGCCCUUGAUUUGGAAUUGAGCAUUGAUUCUGGUGGUGAGGAUUAUGUGAUUUUAGGGCAAGAUAAGGAUCACCAUCAUCCUUUGGAUUCCGAUUUGUAUACUUGACAUGUUUAUUGAGUCUACGCUUUCUUCGCUCA